GAUACGCAUGGUGCGCACUGCGCUCCCCGCCCCUCUUUCGCCUUGUCACCAACGCCUUCGUCGUCUUCCUCACCCUCCGCCUGCAAACAUCCCCACCUCCCCUCUCUUUUCAGUGUGCGCCACUGCCCUCGUUACCCAUUUCCUCUCUCUCUCUCUCUCUCUCUCUCUCUGUUUGGGAGCUAUAGAUCCAUUUUUGGAUGCUUGCUGAGUGUUGGUAGAGUCGUAGAUUUUUCUGGUCUGAGCUCUCGAUUGUGCCGGUCUGCGGUUCGGAGGGGGGGGGGGGGGUUCGAGUCGCCAUGGCGACUCGAUCUAUGAUUUUUCUUUCAAUGCUGGCGGUUUUUGUGAGUGUGAGGAGUUGCGUGGCGGGGAUGUUCUCUUUGAGGCUCAUUCACAGAUUCUCGGACGAGGUGAAGGCGCUGAGAAUUUCGAGGCUAGGAGAGCCGCGGCACUGGCCGGAGCGAGGGAGCGUGGAGUAUCUCCAGAUGCUGGCGAGCAGCGAUCUGCACAGGCAGAAGAUGAAGCUCGGCUCACAGUACCAGUUGAUUUUCCCGUCCGAGGGCAGUAAGACGGUGUCGUUUGGAGACGAACUUGAUUGGUUGUAUUACACCUGGAUAGAUAUAGGGACACCAAAAGUUUCUUUUCUUGUUGCUCUGGAUUCUGGGAGUGACCUACUUUGGCUGCCGUGUGAUUGUAUACAAUGUGCUCCCCUAUCUGCAAGUAACUAUCAUAGUCUGGAUAGAGAUCUAAAUGAGUACAGUCCUUCUGGCUCAAGCACGAGCAAGAACUUAUCUUGCAGCCAUCAGUUAUGUGAUUUGGGUCCAAAUUGCAAAACUUCAAAGCAGCCCUGUCCUUAUAUUGUUAACUACUACUCUGAAAAUACAUCGAGUUCUGGACAGCUGGUUGAGGACAUACUACAUCUUGCAUCAGGGGGUGAUGAUGUAUCAAACACUUCUGUGCAGGCUUCAGUCGUUAUAGGAUGUGGCAGGAGGCAGAGUGGUAGUUUUUACUCGGACAGUGCUGCUCCUGAUGGUCUAAUGGGUUUAGGGCUUGGACAAAUUUCAGUUCCAAAUUUUCUUGCUAAACAGGGAUUGGUUCGGGACUCUUUCUCAUUGUGUUUUAAUGAGGACUUUUCUGGGAGAAUUUUCUUUGGGGAUCAAGGAUUAGCUACCCAGCAAUCAACCCCGUUCCUGCCUUUGGAUGGAAAAUAUAUGACCUACAUUGUUGGAGUGGAUUCAUGUUGUAUUGGGAGAUCUUGCCUUGAGAAAACAAGCUUUAAAGCUCUUGUGGACAGUGGGACGUCAUUUACAGCUCUUCCAGAUUAUGUCUAUGAAAGAGUUGCUAAGGAGUUUGAUAGCCAAGUGAAUGCAGUGAGUUCUAGCUUUGAAGGAUUUCCUUGGGAGUACUGCUAUAGUUCCAGUUCACAGGAUUCACUUAAGAUUCCAUCCGUGAUGUUCAUGUUUGGGUUGAACAACAGUUUUGUGGUCCGUAACCCUGUUUUUCUGAUCUCUGAUGAGCAGGUGGGAAUUGUUGGAUUUUGUUUGGCCCUACAGCCAGCAGAUGGAGAUAUUGGAACAAUUGCACAGAACUUCAUGACAGGAUAUCAGAUGGUCUUUGAUAGAGAGAAUUUGAAGUUGGGUUGGUCAUCUUCCAAUUGUACAGAUCUUGGCAAUAUUAAACAAAUGCCCCUGACUCCAUCCCCAGUUGUCAGACCGCCCAAUCCAUUACCAACUAACGAGCAGCAGAGCAGCCCCCAGGGGCAUGCAGUUGCUCCUGCCCUUGCUGGUAGGGCUCCCUCUCGAUCCUCAUCUGCCUCGACACAGCUUCUUUUGACCUGGUGUAGUUUGUCUGUCAGAUCACUUCUGCUAGUAUAUCUACUUCCUAUGGCCUUCUGACUUGUUGGACUUGCUCAUUCUCUGAUAGGGUUAUUAGAAUUCUCUCUCUGGCCUUACAUGUAAAUCUAGCUUUUUAUGUGAAGCUCUCCUGUCCCCCAAUGUUAUCUUUUUCAUUUCUAGGUCGAAAUUGUGGGGGUUGGUAGGAAAAUAUAUAUGUAUCUCUUUACUUUCUUUAUGUUUCAGACUUCUGGGGAAUUUUCCCCUCUAUAUAUAUAGUGUACUGUUUUCCUUUGGCUUAUUAAA